CCUGAUUUUGUACCCUAGCCCUGUCACCUGUGCCUGUGUCUCCUGUUUAGUAUUCAUUAUCAUCAAAGUUAGUUGCCUGUUGGCCGUCAAAAAAACCCACAUCUCUUGAUCUACAGUCCAGUCCGAGUGACUGUGUGUGCGUGCCGCUGAGCCUCAAAUCUUCACCACCCGUAGAAAAAUAACUGCAUGGCCAUCCAUUGGCAUUGCGUUGGAUUCUUAGCUGCUAGUUCUAGUCAAUAAUUCAUUUUGCAUACUGACUCCAGGCGGCGGUGAAGAGACAAAUUUCCGUAUUGACGCAAGGACUCUACAAGAGCAGUGCAUUGUACAUUGCUGAACAUUUGUGGAGUUGACAUUCUGAUCCUAUAUUCGAGCAUGAUGGCUGGAAUCGUCCGCCAGGACCUGAGUCGCAAGGUAGCCAUCAUUACCGGUGGAGCGCAGGGCAUUGGCAAGGCAUUCUCUGUGGCGUUCCUGCAACGAGGCGGCAAGGUGAUGAUUGGAGAUCUCCAGCCGACUGUGGGAAGUGACACAUGUUCAGAACUGCAGAGCAAAUUUGGAAAGGCCAACGUAGCGUUCACACAAGUGGACGUCACCGACCACGAUCAGCUUGAUGAAAUGUACCGCUUGACACUGCGUAAGUUCUCUCGCCUGGAUGUGGUCGUAAACAACGCUGGUGUCGGCUAUGAAGUGGAGAACUCUGCCCCGGACUGGUGGCGCAAGACUGUCGCCAUUAAUCUGACCGCGCUGAUCGACUCUACAUAUUUGGCGAAGUACUACAUGAGCUCAGAGAAGGGUGGCAGUGGUGGUGUUGUGGUCAACAUUGCCUCCAUGGGUGGUCUUCAAGCUAUGCCGUUUAGUCCAACGUACUCUGCAUCGAAGCAUGGAGUCAUUGGCUUUACACGUGCAACGGAGUUUUGGCCGGCUCAGUACGGCGUGAGCGUCUACGCCAUCUGUCCAGGAUUCGUCCAGACAGACAUGCUCAAGUCUGGAAUGGAAAAUGAAGCAUUCUCUGAUAUCGUGCAAGCCCGUGGAGUACUGACGCCGGAACGUAUCGCCGAGGGUUUUAUUCAGCUGCUGGACGAACGUCCCGACUCCGGCCAAGUGAUGCGUGUCACCGUCCAGAAGGGAAUUGAUUACCAGAAGUACCGUGUUCCCAAGGCCAAGUUGUGAGGCACACAGUGGAUACUCACAACGGUACACCGUUCCUUCUGAUGUUUUGCUCGUUGUCGUACUUCUGGAACUGCUAUUGCGCCCCUUCCCGGGUUUAUUGACCCGGAGGUUAUUGCCCGGACCUGGGGCAUUUGCAUCUUUUUUAUUUAUGUCCUGGGCUUUUUCACCCCGGGGUAUUGUGCCAGACUCACAUUGAUUUUGGUACCAUACCCCAGUUUUCUGUUGUCCCAGGUGAUAGGCCCAAUGGUCUAUUCCACCACAACGGGGUAUUUGUCUGUCAUGGUUUGUUUCUGUCUAUCAUGGUUUGUUUGCUGCCUCUGUGCUGCACUGUAAGUUCAUGCUUGUGACCAGGGAGUAGUACAAUACCGGUAUUGUACUACUCCCUGGUUGUGACCCUGUGUGAUAAUGCAGGACACGGUGUGAUUAUGCAGGACACGGUGUGAUUAUGCAGGACACGGUGUGAUAGUGCAGGACGGUGUGAUAGUGCAGGACGGUAUGUUGGAGGUUAGGGUUAGUAGCUGUGCAAUGUCAAGCACAUACCUGGUGUGCAGGCAUGAACCACAGUGACAUACCAAACACACGCGUACACGUGUUCCACUUAUGGCAGUCUGUCUUGUUAUGUCUGCGCUGAAGCCUUACUACAUAUAUUAUUAUAGUAGUUAUUUUAGGAUAGAGUUUUCUACUUGUGGACGUGUAUGGCACACUGAACUUGUACGAGUAACUCAUACUCGUCUACUAGUACAAUGUCUCAAUUUUAAAGGUUUUUUUUAGAGAAAUUUGGACUCUUUUAUAUCUUGCACUGUUUCCCUGUUUGCACCAUUCUCUGCACCUCCGCCACACACACACACACACACCGUACUGUGCCCUGCCCGUUCUGGGGACUUGACAGAAGAGAGUUCCCUGGCCUCGGAGUCCGCACACUUUUCCCUGUUUAUGUUUAAUUUUGACUUUUGAUCGUAUCUAGCGUUCUUAUCCUCUUUUGUACAUGUACUUCAUUUAUUUUUAGCAUAUUUUAAUUCCAGAUUCAGAUUUCUAUUUUCUCCCCUGGCUUUUAUCGGGGCAUUGUAAAGAUUGGAUGAGCCUGUCGACCCGUGUAAA